AUGCUGACCAGUUUCCAUUCAGAGUCUUCAAGUAAAAGCAACCCAAGUGAAAGACGGACUAUUGUCGAUUGUCCUGCUACUGUGACUGAAAUAUGGGACAUGACUCCAACAGUGAAAUCACUAAAUCUCUUUGUCAAUCAAUACCAGUUUUUGGAUUACAAAGCGGGUCAAUGGUUGGAAUUUAAAAUUCCAGAACUGAAACGCAUGGGAAGCUUUACAAUGUGCACAAGUCCUUUGAAAUUCAAAAAAACUGGGAAUAUUCAACUGGCUGUUAAAUAUAGUGAUCAUAAACCAACAGCCUGGGUACAUACAAAUUGUAAGGUUGGACACCAAAUUACAAUUUCUUUUGGUGGUGACUUCCAUUACAACCCCACAGUAGAUGACCCAACACAUGACCUUCUUUUGAUUGGUGGAGGCAUUGGUGUCAAUCCUCUCUUCUGCAUAAUGAAUUUAAUUGCUGACUACAAUGUCAUGAACAAAGAAAACAAUUCCAGAUGCUACCAACCAGGAAAUGUACAGCUUCUUUAUUCUGUCCGCACAGUGAAUGAUAUCCAAUUUAAGGAUAAUCUGGAAAAACUUGAGAAUGAAAAUGAAAACAUUAGUUGCAAGUUUUUUGUCACAAAGGAAAAACCAAAUGAUAAGAACAUUAUUAAUCGGCGAAUAAAUAGUGAGGAUAUCAAAGAAGCUUUACAAAAACUUGAUCGAGGCAACUGCUAUAUUUACAUAUGUGCACCAGGUGAGAUGAUGGAUGACAUGGAAGAAAUUUUGGAAGAUAUGGAAUUUGAUAGCAGUAAGAUAAGGACUGGAAGAUGGUGGUAA